AACUUCCGGACUUAAGCGGAGUUAGGCCAUAAGACGAAACGAAAAGCAAGGAACAACACGGGAUCUUCUCAUGAUAUAGACCUUCUCUACUUAUUGGAAGAGGCGUGUCUCGGACGAAAUCUAUCCAUCCAUUGAGCCAUGCUAUCGGAGCAAAUACCAUUGAGCCUGAGCGGACCUUAGAUCAAGAGACAUCAUAACUCCGUCUAUAAACAGAUGAACUUAUAUGAAAACGUGGGGCUCGUUCUAGGUAACUUAUCCAUUUAUUCUAUCCACUUCCGGCCGGAUGAUGAUCCUGAAACGAACUCGGAGGGUGGAAACCGGUGGAACCGAGCCGGACGGACGAAGAGGAGAAGCUUGAUGCUAGCAAUUGGAGCUCUACCAAGCUAGCUUCGAGGAAAGAUGUGAAUUAUAAAAGAGAGCUGGCAUGGCUCUCUCCAUCUUUUCCCAUCACUAUCUUGCCGACCAUUGAAUAAUACUUUCAAACAUCAUCAUGUCGAUUUUUGCACCUGCACCAGAGCCCAAGAGCCUGCUGGGUCGUCACAGACCGCUGGCGCCUUCGGCUGCCAUCAAGGUCAGCCCGCUGUGCCUGGGUGCCAUGAACUUUGGUGAUGCUUGGAAGGAUUUCAUGGGCGAGUGCGACAAGAAGACCACCUUUGAGAUAUUGGAUUUCUUCUACGACAACGGCGGCAACUUUAUCGAUACCGCGAACAACUACCAGAAUGAAGAAUCUGAGACCUGGCUCGGCGAGUGGAUGGAGCAGCGCGGCGUCCGCGACCAGAUGGUCAUCGCGACCAAGUAUACCACCGGCUUCCGCGCCUACAAGCGGGAUCAAGAGAUCCAGUCCAACUUUGUCGGAAACAACACCAAGAGCAUGCGUGUCUCUGUCGAUGCCAGUUUGAGAAAGUUGCGCACAUCAUACAUUGAUUUGCUCUAUGUCCACUGGUGGGACUUCAGCGCCUCCAUCGAAGAGGUGAUGCAAUCUCUCAACCAGCUCGUCCAGUCUGGCAAGGUCCUAUAUCUCGGUAUCAGUGACACUCCCGCCUGGAUUGUGAGCAAGGCGAAUCAAUACGCCCGCGAUCACGGCCUCCGCCCCUUCUCCGUCUACCAGGGCCGCUGGUCUGCCGCAAACCGCGACUUCGAGCGCGACAUCCUCCCCAUGGUCAAGGCGGAAGGCAUGGGCCUCGCUCCCUGGGGCGCCCUCGGCGGCGGCAACUUCAAGACAGCCGCCCAGCGCGAAGAACUCGCCAAGGGAACGAACCCCGGUCGUAAAUGGUUCCCUCCCUCACCCAUCGAUAUUGCCGUCUCAGACGCGCUCGAGAAAGUCGCCAAGCGCCAUAACACCGUCAUCACAAGCGUUGCUCUCGCGUACGUCAGACAGAAGGCGCCCCACGUCGUGCCCAUCGUGGGCGGUCGGAAAGUCGACCAUCUGAAGGGAAACAUUGAGGCGUUGGAUCUGCAGCUUGAGGAGGAAGAUAUCAAGGAGAUCGAGAAGAGUUAUCAGUUCGAUAUUGGGUUCCCGAUGAAUUUCAUCUUUGGGUCGCAGGAUCCGGAGACCACGAGUCCGUCGAAUGUGAUGUUGAUGAGGAGUACGGGUGUGUAUGAUUUCGUGGAGGACCCGAAGCCGAUUCGGUUGGCGAAGAAAUGAACAAGGGAUUGUUAAAGUAAUAUGGGAUGUUUGAAAGGAAAGGGGAAAGGCGAAUGAUCUAUACUCGUCAUGCAAAGUAUGGAUAUAUAUAUAUAUAUAUUACAUGUCUACAUUGCAUUACACGAGUGAGAAAUGGAAAAGCGCAUCUUCCAGACCAGUUCUAGUCAAACUUGAUAAAUUGAGAAAUAAAUAGCAGGUCGAGUAUCGA